CCAAGCAUCUAAUAUAACUACUGUUAGUGAAAACGAUACUUUGGGAGAUGAUGAUUUUUUUGCUGAAGUUUUUAACUUAGAAGGAUCAAAUAAUGAUAUAAUAGAAUUUGAAGAAGACGAAGUAUCACAAUAUCUUAAAUAUCCUGAAGCCAAACCUAAUGAAGAUCCACUUAUUUGGUGGAAUA